AUGGGUUCGAGGACUUACUCGAAGGAAUGUGUAGUGGAAAUUUUAAUGGUGGAUGUGAAAAAGGAUAAUUUGGAUGAUAUGAUUGAUAAAUUAGAAGAAUGUAUUGGAGUUGGAAAUGUUUAUGCAGUGAUACCAAGGAGACCGGAUAUUUUGGAAGUUACAGUUAAGGAUAAACAAUGUGCAGAGAAACUUAGCGAAGGAUUCAAAGUAGGUGAUAAAAAUUUUGUCUGUCGCAUCCCAUAUUCCCCCUUCACUGUAGUGUCCUUUAUGGAUAUCCCGUCCUAUAUUGAAGAUAGCGUAUUGGUCGAAAAAUUGAAGGUCUUUAGAAUAGAGAUUGACGGAGAGGUUGUAAGACACUUUCAUGAUAAGCAUAAGACAGUUGAGAAUGGAAUUCGCCAUGUUAGAUGUCUUUUUUCCCCAGAGCUCAAGUCCCUACCAUGGGCGGUUAAGUUAGAGACGAUCAAUGGAACUAAAAGCUAUCGUGUGAUCCAUAAUAACCAAACUAAGGUGUGCAAUAAGUGUUAUUCAGACUCUCAUAUAAUUGCCAAUUGUCCUCAAAUUCAGUGUCGGAGAUGUAAUCAGUAUGGCCAUAUGGGUAAUACAUGUAUGAUAAAACUAUGUAAUAUUUGCAAACAUUUGGAAACAGAGUGUGUGUGU